CCCUCCCGCCACCGCCGCCCGCCGGCUAUGGAUCUAUUCGACUUUUUCAGGGACUGGGACUUGGAGCAGCAGUGUCACUAUGAACAAGACCGUAGUGCACUUAAAAAAAAGGAAUGGGAGCGAAGGAAUCAAGAAGUCCAGCAAGAAGAUGAUCUCUUUUCUUCAGGCUUUGAUCUUUUUGGGGAGCCCUACAAGACAAACAAAGGUGAUGCACUUGCCAACCGAGUCCAGAACACGCUUGGAAACUAUGAUGAAAUGAAGGAUUUGCUAACUAACCAUUCUAAUCAGAAUCAUCUAGUGGGUAUCCCAAAGAAUUCUGUGCCCCAGACUCCCAUCAACAAAAAUGAGCCAAGCUUUUUUCCAGAACAAAAGAACCGAAUGAUACCAUCUCACCAGGAUAAUACCCAUUCCUCGGCAUCAGUGCCUCCACCUUCUGUUGUGAUCCUGAAUUCAACCCUGAUACACAGCAACAGAAAGUCAAAACCUGAGUGGCCACGAGAUAGUCAUAAUCCUAGCACCAUACCAGCAAGCCAGGCCGGUAGUCAGCCCAACAAGAUGCAGACUUUGACACAGGACCAGACUCAAGCCAGACUCGAAGAUUUCUUUGUCUACCCAGCUGAAGCUCCCCAAGUUGGAGCCACUGAAGAAUCAAAUCCAUCUACAAAGGAAGACAUUACUCCCAUGUUCAGUGGAGAGGAUGCUUUCAAAGAAAUCUUUCAAUCCAACUCAGCAGAAGAAUCUGAAUUUACAGUGCAAGCACCUGGGUCUCCCUUAGUUGCCUCUUCUUUGUUAGCUCCCAGCAGUGGCCUUUCAGUUCAAAGCUUCCCACCAGGGAUUUACUGUAAAACAAGCAUGGGGCAGCAAAAACCAACUGCAUAUGUAAGACCCAUGGAUGGCCAAGAUCAGGCACCAGACAUCUCUCCUACACUGAAACCUUCUAUUGAAUUUGAGAACGGGUUUGGGAAUCUGUCAUUUGGAUCACUCUUGGAUGGAAAACCCAAUGCAGCCAAUUCAAAGACUAAACUGUCAAAGUUCACGAUCCUCCAAACAAAUGAAGUAAGCAUUCCCAGUGAUCCAAGCUGUGUUGAAGAAAUCUUGCGGGAGAUGACCCAUUCCUGGCCCACUCCUCUUACUGCCAUGCACACUCCUGGAAACUCUGAGCAACAUGCAUUUUCCAUCCCAGGACAGGAAUCUCAACAUCUGACCCAAGGAUUCACCUUACAAAAGUGGAGUGACCCAACCAGCAGAGCUUCUACAAAGAUGCUUGAGGAUGACCUGAAGCUGAGUAGUGAUGAAGAUGACCUUGAGCCUGUGAAGACCUUGGCCACUCAGUGCACUGCUACUGAGCUGUACCAGGCUGUUGAAAAGGCAAAACCUAAGAAUAAUCCCGUGAACCCACCCUUGGCCACAUCCCAGCCUCUACCUGUAGCACAACCCAGCGGAGGGUCUGGCAGCUCCAGCGAGUCAGAGAGCAGCUCUGAGUCAGACUCAGACAGCGAAAGCAGCACCACUGACAGUGAAUCCAAUGAGGCACCUCGUGUGGCUACUCCAGAGCCUGACCCACCUUCAACCAACAAGUGGCAGUUGGAUAAAUGGCUCAACAAGGUAACAUCACAGAACAAGUCGUUUAUUUGUGGUCAAAAUGAAACACCUAUGGAGACCAUUUCUCUGCCUCCUCCUAUCAUCCAACCAAUGGAAGUACAGCUCAAAGUGAAGCCAAACCCCAGCCAGCUUCUGGCUGAACCUAAGGAACGGCCUCUCCUAAGUCUCAUCAGGGAGAAGGCCCGUUCACGGCCUACCCAGAGAACUCCAGAAGCAAAGGCUGUGAAACAUAAGCUGUCGGUACCAAUUGAAACAGCUUCUCAAAGGACAACUGGGAAAAAGCAACCCAGAAAGAUGGAGAAGAACACCAGUAUUGAGGAGUUUACCUGGCCCAAACCAAACAUUACUAGCAGUACUCCCAAAGAAAAAGAGAGCAUGGAGCUUCCUGAUCCACCAAGAGGCCGUAACAAAGCCGCUGCCCACAAACCAGUUCCUAGGAAAGAACCAAGGCCUAACAUCCCUUUGACUGCUGAGAAGAAAAAGUAUAGAGGGCCUGGAAAGAUCAUCCCAAAGUCCCGGGAAUUCAUUGAAACAGAUUCAUCUACGUCUGACUCCAACACAGAUCAGGAAGAGACCCUGCAGAUCAAAGUCCUGCCUCCUUGCAUUGUUCCUGGAGGUAAUACUGCUAAAUCCAAGGAACCCUGUGGUGCCAACCUGGCCCUGAGCACCUUAAUCAGCAGCAGCAACAACAACUUAACAAUCAAUAAUGAAGAGCCAACUUUUUCACCAAUUCCUGUCACGCAAACUGAGCUGCUGUCCCCUCUACAAGAUCAGGAGAAUCUGAAAAACCUUUGGGUGAAAAUUGAUUUGGACUUGCUCUCUAGGGUACCUGGCCACAACUCACUCCAAACAGCACAAUCCAAGGCAGAAUACAAGGAGACUGCUUCAAAACCUAAGCGUCAGACUAUUCCUUCAGCUGUGGAAAAACUGCCCCCUAAGGGCAAGCGUAAGCACAAGCCAACAGAAGUUUCAGACAAAAUCCCUGAGAAGAAGCAACGCAUGGAGGAGGCCACAACUAUCUGCUUGCUCCCCCCUUGCAUCUCACCAGCCCCACCCCACAAGCCUCACAACAUUAGAGAAAAUAAUUCAUCCAGGAGAGCAAAUCGAAGAAAGGAAGAAAAGCUAUUCCCUCCCCCACUUUCCCCACUGCCAGAAGACCCUCCACGUCGCAGAAACAUCAGUGGCAAUAACGGUCUCUUCAAUCAAGAUAAAAACAUCUCCAUGAGUGGGCAGAUCACCUGUACUAAACCUAAGAGAAGUGAUGGCAAAUUCUGUGCUACCUUCAAAGGAAUAUCUGUAAAUGAGGGAGACACUCCAAAAAAGGCAGCCUCUGCCACCAUCACUGUCACCAACACUGCUAUUGCUACUGCCACUGUCACUGCUACUUCCAUUGUCACUGCCACUGUCACAGCUACCACCACUGCCACAGCCACCACCACAACCACUACCACUACCAUUUCCACCAUCACCUCUACCAUCACUACUGGCCUCAUGGAUAGCAGUCACCUGGAGAUGACAUCCUGGGCGGCACUGCCCCUUCUGUCCAGCAGCAGCACUAACGUCCGGAGACCCAAGCUCACUUUUGAUGACUCGGUUCACAAUGCUGAUUAUUAUAUGCAAGAGGCUAAGAAGCUGAAGCACAAAGCUGAUGCACUGUUCGAGAAAUUUGGCAAAGCUGUGAAUUAUGCCGAUGCCGCCCUCUCCUUCACCGAAUGUGGUAAUGCCAUGGAACGUGACCCUCUGGAGGCAAAGUCCCCAUACACCAUGUACUCCGAGACUGUGGAGCUCCUCAGGUAUGCAAUGAGGCUGAAGAACUUUGCAAGCCCCUUGGCUUCAGAUGGGGACAAAAAACUUGCAGUAUUAUGCUACCGAUGCUUAUCACUUCUCUACUUGAGGAUGUUUAAACUGAAGAAGGACCAUGCUAUGAAGUACUCUAGAUCACUGAUGGAAUACUUUAAGCAAAAUGCUUCAAAAGUCGCUCAGAUACCAUCUCCAUGGGUAGGCAAUGGAAAGAACACUCCUUCCCCAGUGUCUCUCAACAAUGUCUCUCCUAUCAAUGCCAUGGGAAAUUGUAACAACGGCCCUGUCACUAUCCCCCAGCGUAUUCAUCACAUGGCUGCCAGUCAUGUCAACAUCACUAGCAAUGUAUUACGGGGCUAUGAACACUGGGACAUGGCUGACAAACUGACAAGAGAGAACAAAGAAUUCUUUGGCGACCUGGACACGUUGAUGGGGCCUCUGACGCAGCACAGCAGCAUGACCAAUCUUGUCCGCUACGUUCGCCAGGGACUGUGUUGGCUGCGCAUCGAUGCUCAUUUGUUGUAGUUGGUGCCCUCCCAUCUCUAGCAUCACCACCCAUUACUCUACCUCUGCCAGCACAGCAAUGAUCACUGGUGGAACUCCACUCAUUUGGGAAAAUUCUCUUUGGUUCUGUUUGUUUUUAUGCUUCUUUUGAUAUCUGUAAAAAAACUGAAAUCAUUUUAAGUGGACACUACAACUUGAUAGCAGUAUAUGUUUUUUUACUUAGUCAUUUUUCAGUGUUUGAUAUGCAUUUCCCAGAUCCCACCAUUUAUUUUGUGCUUUAUAGAAUGACCAUCCCUUCAAGAUUGUGUUAAGUCCACACUAUCAAAAACAAAUAAUGGGAGGUAUUUGUGAUGAUGAUAGGUUCCUGAGAAAUGAAAUAUGGAUGAGAACUUACACAUAGGGACCUGCAAAUAUUUUCAGCUGUUAGGUCCAGAAAAGAACAUAUUUCAGAAUCCACUGAUAAACUCUGGUGAUUCCCACAGACUCAAUCUUCACAUGAGAAUUUUCAUUGUCAAACCCAUGGCUUAGAUGUUGUAGCAACACCGCAAAAUCAACAGUAAUGAGAAAAUAAAUGAGCAUAGCAAUCCCACUUGUAAAACGAUGCUAUGCCAUGUUUGAGCAUAGGACUUUUUUGUUAUCCCUUACCUGAUUCCCUAUUUUUCAAAAUAUUAAUGAUGAUAAGGAGAGGCAACAUUUAUUUUGCCAGCUUUAAGGUGUCAGCUGGCAUAAAUAUUUUUGAACUCCAUGAAUUGAAGCAUAAAUGAUCACCUGGGAUUCUCUUUGUGCAAAGCUCUUUUGAAGAGCAGUUUGGUAACCAAAUUGCUGCACUCCAGUCUUAGAAUUGGGAGAUAAGUUAGUUCUGAAAAAUGUCUCACAAGAAAUUCACACCUCUGCCUCCUUAACUGGCAGGAUUUUUAAUUUGCAUUUUGCUCAAAUCUAUGGAAACAAAAGUCAAGUUAUCAUUACCUAGAAGUAAUAAUAUACAGUUUGCUUCCUACUGGCUUUGAAAUCUAGACUUCUCCAAUUAUUAUCUACAUUAUCCAUUCUUCAGUAUUUCUUUUAUCUAUUUUCUAUUUUCUUUUAUCUUUAUUUCCUUUCCUUUUCUUUUUAUUGGGGGGGCACAUUAGAUUGUGAUUAAAAUUAAGUCACUAAUUUCACUAAAGUUGACAUUAACAUGAAUCAUUUACAUGAAAAUUCCAAAGAAAACCCCAAACUCUCUAAGUAGUAGCCACAUUUUUAUAAAGAAAAAUGAGUAUUGUGGUAGUGCUUCACACUGCAGUUCUCUGAACAAGCCCUAACUAAUGGGAAGAAUUCAUCUAAUUUGGAGACAUUUCCCUAUUCCUUAUGAUCCUAUUCAUUCAUUUUCUGUCCCUAAACACCACAAUGUAAAUAUCCUUUUUGGUGUUCCAACUCACCAGAAGAAUCCCCACUUUUAGUAAACACUAUCCAUGUAUUAGUUACUUGUAAUUACCUGGUGAUAUAUAAUUCCAUGUAACCUUUAUUCUAUUGAGCUAUCGAAAUCUGUUCACUGAAUUAGGACCAAGUAAAUAAUAGAUAUGCACAUGAAAGAUACAUACUUGUAUUAUUUUUAAAGAAAGCCAUGCAGUCUGUGAAAGAAGCAGUAGAUCAAUAUUUUGCACUCUCAUUGUCAAGGUUAGGUAUAUCCCAAGUUACAAACAGCCAGACUUGAGCUCUGCUCUGGUCCUCUUUGAUUUUAAGGCCCUUUGUUGUAUAAUAAGGUUGUGGAAGUUAUACUCUAAUGAUGAAGCAUGUUUUUAAUAUGACUGAUGGGAGCAUCCAAGCAGCUGAACCCAGCACUUUUUACGCUCCCAUUGUGGUUGAGCCUUAUGUUUACCGUCUCAACAACAACACUCACAUAUAUAUGCACACACAUGCACACACACACGAAACUUGAAAGAAUCUUUUCUGAGCCUCUUCAGUGAGGAGAAUGGUAAUAUGAAAGACACUGAACACCCAAGAUGGGUAUCACAUAUAAAAAUUAACCUGAUGACUUUGCAUUAACUCAAAUUAUUGGUUUUCCAUAGCCUACCAGGUAGAGUGCCUGGCUACUACUGCAUAAUGAAGCCUACUUGCUUGACUUGUAAGUUCAACCUAUACCACAAUCCUAAACCAUCGUGGAUUUAGAAGUAGAUUCUUCUUAAAUUCAGUCUCCAGAAACUAGAUAUUAGACUGUUAGGGGGCAGUUCCCAAGAAAAUAAACAUAUUGCCUCAUGUGUGAAAGACUUCCAGCUCUAGUUUCAGUGACUUGUUAUAUCUACAUACAUACAACAGGGUUGUAAGGGGAUUCUAUGUCAUCUCUGGUAGCUGAGUGUGAAGUAUGUGCCAAGUCAUCAGCACAGUUAUCAAUCUGACAGUUGAGCUCUGGAUCACCACCUGAUUAUCUAGUAGAUCCACUUUUAGAGCAGCUUAGAAGCCAAUUAAACAUGGAAGAUAAAUUACUUUCCUAUCCCUAGAGAUGAGAGGUCUUUUGGUGUCAUAAUUAAGGAUUGUUGCUGUUUUCUGGGCACUCUAUUCAUCAUAGUGUAAAUGGCAAUGUGUGUUGUUUGUGUGCAGCUAUUUGAGGGAUUAAGGGAUUGAAAUAUGUUGUCAAGUUAAUCUUUUCAGCAUACCAGUUUGUGGGAUGGUUACAAGACUUGUGGAUGGCAGUGAGAGAAACUGCCUCUAGACCUAGACAAAGACUUGGUGAGACACAUCUAAAUAAUCACAUUGAGGUAAAGUAACAAGCAGAGUAAGGAGCAGCUGCAUCUCAGCAGAUACAUGGCCCACUCUCAGCUCUGCAGGGUGACCCAGAUAAGGCCACCACUAUGCCUUCAUUUGUCACCCAAGCUCCAACCACAGAGAAUUUGACAAGUUUGUAUUAGAACGUUGGCUUGGCUUGUAUUUUUAAUUAGCUUUGGAUUUUUUAGUGGUUUUGUCAUAUUACAGUCUGAGUUUGGUAGGUAGGAUUGAUUUGAAAAGAGUUUACUAGUGUGGUUCUUGGGGUAGAAUUUAGCUAUAAGCAUGUUGUUAGCCAGCCUGUAGACUGUUAAUUACUUAAUAAUCUCAUUGGGAAAAUGCCAGUCAUUUUAUAUUUGGAUGACAUAAUUGGAAAAGCAGAUUAGCUGUUGCUACUUUUAAAAGAGUUGGAACUGAGACCCCUUUUACCUGUGUAUUGAAAUAAAAAGAUCUGAAUGUUUAGUCAAUGACCAAGCUUCUAAAUUAGAUACCAUUGACUAAAACAUGUUUUUUUUGAGUUUCCAAAUGCAUGGGUUUUCAUUUGGAUGAACCAUCAAGAAAGACAUUGGAUUUGGUCUGCAAUGGAAAGAUAUUUUUCUACCAUGUCUUUCCCUAAGCUAUCAAUUUCAAAGUUUUGUGUUAUUCCAAUUUGUAUCCCAGAGAUUGAAGUUGGACUUUGGAGUCACAAAGCAUUCUGAAGGCAGAAUUGACUGAGCUGUGAGGGUAAAACCCUCAUAAACUUCUCAACACACAUGAUAAAAUUCACCUGCAUGAGUUGGCAGGUGGGAAAGCCAAACUGGAUCACUGGGUAGGACUACUCAGUAAAGCAAUGAAUUGUUUGCUUAGAAAAGCAUCACUAUCCCCAUUGAGAAAAAUGUGUGGCAAGAUGAUAUAGCUACACAAUAUCAAAUGAAUGGGUUGAUUCAGUGCCCCCAAAUUCAAUUCUGUGGGGAAAAAUAUUGAGCCAGUUGUUAGUGUUCUGUUAUGCGACUGGCAGACUAAAUUCUUUGUUGUCGUUGUUAUCGUAGUUGUUGUUGUUGUUUCUCAUUUCCACUCACAGCCUUAUUCUUAUAAUUAAACUAUGAUUCAUUUUCUCUUUGGUGUUAGCAAACUCCAACAACAGAAAUGGCAUCUGUGUAUUGAUAAUCAGCAUUUACCCUGGCAGGAGAUUAAUCACAUAGGCUGAUCUCAGACAUUAAUCCUACCGUCUGAUACUUUUGGUGAAAGAAAAAGUAUUCACUCCCUUUCCAUUCUCCUCCCCACAAAUCUAGAUGCCCUCUUUACCAAGAGUAUCAAAUUUUUCUCUGUAAUCUGUUUACUAGAAGAUUACAUAGUGAG